GCUCACAUACACAAAUGAUCACUGCUGUUCUUAAAGGAGACGCGCCCUACACACUUCUUCAAAUGGCCAAAGAAAUUUGAGGUUUGCUAUCACUUUAAGAAGUAAAUAAUGCGUAAUAUUGUUAAAUAUUAGUCUUUGUUUAUCAUAUUUUUUUUUCUUAAUUUGUUAGUCAACACGAGGAUUCCGUCGUAUGUGAAAAUCCCCUGUUGCGCUAGCUAACAAAACAUGUUGCCACCACGGCGUUGCAUCUUUGUUUUCAUUUUUUCAUCAAUAACUAAGAACCACAGUGUGUAAGAAUGACAAAAUUGAGCUAAAAGUAACAGAGGAAAAGAGUUUUCAGGCACAUGCUGUAGAACAGAAACAACUAGCGACACGGGUGUUCGUUAAAUGGAGGCCGCCAACCCAUCCUCGGGCUCGCCUGAACCGUCCAGCCGCAGAGGAGUGCGUAAGAGCCGCUUGAGAACUACACCAGACCCCGGUGAAUCUCGCGUUGGGAGCGGGGUUGCUGAGCGGGUUCUGCGAGCCAGGAGGAAGGAAGCCGGUGGGAUCAACGAGUCUAAAACUGUCACUUGCCGACAGAAACCUACAAAUGUUCACUGUAGACGAGGGAGACCUGCAGGAUGUCGAUCUAAAAAAAGACCUGUUAAGCACAAUACAGUAAAGAAAUCUGCAACCAAAAAAGAAUCCAAAAGAACUCCAGGUCCAAAGCUGUCUAAAUCUUACAAACAGAAAGCUCCAAAUAAAUCCAGAGGGGCCCCAAGAAAAUGUAACACUGACGCAAAUAUGGACACCUUAUCAUGUGGUGAGGAAGCAGCUGCUAUGAAGCAAAGCAAUGACAACAAUGCAGACAUGGCUCUCAAAAAGGAGCCAGAUGAUCUCAAGACGGAAAAACGGAGGCAGUGGACAGUGUUAAAAGAGAAAGAAGAGUCACAAAAUGAGGAGAAUUCCAUUAAAAAGGAGGAAUCCACUGAAAAUGCUGAACAACUUGAAAAUGCACUGGGACAUAACACAGAGGCAGCUAAGAAACCAGAUGCACAACCAAAAGCUGACAAAACCCCUCGCCAGCCGAAGCGGAGGAAGAAGCCACCACUGCAGUACGUCCGCUGUGAAAUAGAAGGCUGUGGUACUGUCCUAGCCCACCCACGCUACCUACAGCAUCAUAUCAAGUACCAGCACAUGCUAAAAAAGGAAUAUGUGUGCGAUCACCCUUCAUGUGGCCGCUUGUUUCGGCUGCAGAAGCAGCUGCUGCGCCAUGCCAAGCACCACACAGAUCAAAGGGAUUAUAUUUGUGAGUUUUGUGCACGUGCCUUCAAGAGUGCCCACAACCUGGCUGUGCACAGGAUGAUUCACACAGGAGAGAAGCCAAUACAGUGUGAGAUCUGCGGCUUCACCUGUCGUCAAAAGGCCUCGUUGAACUGGCACAUGAAGAAGCACGACGCCGAGGCCUCGUACCAGUUCUCAUGUCCAAUUUGCAGUAAAAAGUUUGAGAGGAAAGACUGUGUUGUUGCACACAAGGCCAAGAGCCACCCUGAAGUGCUGAUUGCUGAAGCCUUAGCGUCUAAUGCAGGUUCAGUAAAGAACAGCCACGCUUCGGUCUCAGAGAAAGUCGCAGACACUGUCUCUGCGGCUGCUUCGACUGACCAAUCAUCCGUUGGCCAGGAGAACCAGGAAGCAGCCAGUGGGACUCUUACUCAGCUGCAGCAAGUGGUGCUCCCCCUGGCCUCCCAGAUCAACACACCUCAGGGCCAGUUCUUUCAGUUGCAGACGUGUCACACAGUGCAGGUGGUACACGAGCAAGCGCCCACUUUGGUGCACCUCACCCCCAUUCACCUUCCUCAGAUCUCCAACAACAGCCACCCACAGGUCCUCCAGGGCAGCACCCUCCUCAACCUCGGCCCCAUCACCUCCCUGGUCCCUGCAGCCCCUCUGGAACCCCAGGCCCCCCAGUGGGACGGGGCACUGGUCGCUCAGCCGCACCGGGACAGAGAGCUGUGGGAAGGGGUCGGCAAUCACCAGUGGGUUAGAGAGGCUGACGGGCAAAUGACGGGCAGAGAGAACGAGCUGUGGGAAGAAGUGGUGGUGGGUGGUGGUCAUCAGGAUGUAAGGGAAAUGGAAAAUAUGUGGGAUGCUAAUGGGGAGAGGAGGAAGGAAGACGAGGAGAUUGAUUGGGAAAGAGAAGACGAUUGACUGUUGCAGCGUAACGAGGUUCAUCCUAACAGAGAUAGAACAACUGAAAAUGACAAACGAUGAAAGAACUGUGAAAAGAUAAUUAGAUGAAAUAUAUUUCAAACUAGAUUUUCUUUGAGCUCUUUGUAAGAGAAGUCACAACAGCACCCAGCUGCCUUAAAUCAGGGAAUAUAGUUUAACAGCAUCACAGAUUACACACUAAUCUUUUACCACUGAAUGAUAUUUUGCAAUUUUUUUGGUGUCACGAUAUGUGGAUACUCAUUAAAUAUUUUUAGAGAUUGAAUAACUGAAAGAUGAUUGUAAAAAUGUACAAACACAAACAGAUAUUUGCUUUCCAUAACACCUCUUACCUCUCUUUACAAGGAAGGAUUACUAAUGUUUUUUGCAGUGUAAUAUUGUAAAGCACAUUUAGAAUUUGGUUUUAGACUGUAAAUGUACUCAUUUUUUUACUUGCAGACACAAACAGAAGUUUUUUUUGGAAAUAAAGUGAUUCUUUUAAUUCAGGUUACACUUUACAGGUAAAUGGUUUGUUUGUUGAGCCUUUUCAUCCCUUUUCCUGUUCGGGUAAAUGUCCACAACCAGAGAAGUCCAACAAAAAGCCUCUAUUUGCUCAUUUAAUUAUUUAAUGUAAGUCUUUGCUUUAACAUUAUCUAUCAUAGUUUGUAGUCUGGAAUCAAAACAUGCAAAGAAGAUGUUUUGAUACACAAGAAAUGUAUUUUUUUCCACUACUUUUUUUUUUUUUAAUCAGUGUUGAAUGUUGAAUUAUACUUGUGUACACUGUCACUACUGAGCACUCAUAGGCUUAAAAUAGCGUUUCAGGAAUAAAACAGUGUAAAAAUUCAUAGUAAUAAACAAAUUAUGUUAAAUUAAGUGUUUUUUUGUAUUAUCUUGGAAUCAUGGUGAAACGAUUGCAUUUAUUAAAGGGAACAACCAAUGUCAGUUUCAUCAUCAUGUUGAUUAUUUUUAUUAUUCACUAAUGAAAAGUCCUUUGUGCUAUUUUUAUAUCUCUUGAAAUGGAAAGCAGAAAGCAUAAUCAAUAUAAAAUGUCUCAAAUUAUUUUUUCCCUCUUUUGCAGGCUUUAAUGCUCAUGAAGUGGUUUACAAAAACAUGAGCAAUACAAUAAAAGAAAAAAGAAAAGGAGGCAGGUGCAGGUGACAUAAAUACAUUCUACACACUACUGACAAUAUUUCACCUACAUUCCAAGAAAUGUCAUUCUGAUCUUUUAGGUUUCAUUUUUUCCAGCGCUGUAAUGUCUGUUUAUUUCUUGUAAGUUUUUAAAUUUGUGGAUGUAAGACCUGCCAUAUAAAUGAACCCUAUAUAAACUAUUGUCAAAUUCA